UCUUUUUUGCCGUCUCUUUCUUCCCGGUUCUCUGGAGUCGCAGUGGGAAGGGACGCGAUUAGGGCUCUGGUCGACACCUACACCGGGCCUCCGUCGCAGCUCCACCGUUCCACCGCCGUCGCUCCGUCGUCAAUCCACAGCAUAAUCAGCGCGCUCCGACAUCCUAUACAAGUGAAUUUGGAAGCAUGGAUGCCCAUGGACGUAUGCCAUCAUCUUAUGGGCGACGGCCUAUCCAAGCUCCUGGAAUGAUGCGCCAUGGACCACUUCCCGGGCCAGGUCCUGCUGAUCAUCACCCCAGAGAAGCCCUUCUUCCACCUGAGCACCUCGAAAAAAAGGUUGCAAUUCAAGAAGCUGAGAUGGAAAGGAUUGCAAGAGAAAACCAGAGAUUCGCGGAGAGUAAUGUGGCCAUGAGACAGGAGCUCGUUGCUACUCAGAAAGAAAUGCAGAGAGUGCAGGCUUAUCUUGGAAGUAUCCAUACUGAAAGUGAUAUCCAAAUUAGGGGAUUACUGGAGAAGAUUGGGAAACUGGAAGAUGAUAUCCAUUCUGGUGAUGUGGUGAAGAAGGAACUCCAACAAGCACAUUUGGAGGCACAGAACCUGAUAACUGUGAGACAGGAACUCUCUGCUGAGAUACAGGUCGUGACAGAAGAACUACAAAAAUCAACGGCAGGCUUCAAAAAGUUGCCUGAGAUGCAUUCUGAGUUAGAUGGCUUGAGACAGGAGCACCAGACAUUACGUGCUACUUUUGAAUAUGAGAAGGGUUUGAAUAUCGAGCAAGUGGAGCGGAUGCGUGCCAUGGAGAAAAACCUGAUGUCUAUGGCCAAAGAAGUCGAGAGGCUGAGAGCUGAAGUGACAGCACCCAACCAAUAUGGAGGUAUGCAUCAGACAGCAGGACAAGGCACUGGUUAUCCAAAUCACAGCUUUAGCAUGGGAGGUGGUGGCUACAUGGCUGGUAGCCAUGUUCCCAUUGUAAACUAUGCAGAUGCAGGUUUUGGCUAUGCUAAUCCUGCCCACUAUACUGAAGCACAUGGAAGGCCUCAAGCUCACAUGACCAGUGGGGCAUCGGCCGAGGGAAUUGAUUCUUAUGGUGGCAUGAGUACUGCAAGCGGUACGAACAUUUAUGGAGGGUCUCAAGCUCGCUGACCAGAGCACACCAACCGGAGAGAAACCACUAAUCUUUGGUGUCGCGACCGGAAUUGUUUCAUACAAUUUGACAAGAGGAGAUUUAUGACCUACUGGAAAGUCGAAUUUGAUGGUCCAUCAUCCAAGCAUUAGUCUUUUAUCUAUCAUACCUAAUUGACUGGUCACAUAGUUUGCUGAUGUUGUUGGGCACUUUCCGGUUGGAUUGCUGUGAUGCAUGUUGAAGGACAAUCAUAAACGGAAUGACCAAAGCAAUAUGGGACACUGUACACUGUAAUGUUUCUCAUCUUAAUGUAUUUCCAUUUAGUUGUCAUCGUUUA